GAAGGAGUUUGCUGCCGUGCAGCGCUCGAGAGGCUCCAGCUGCAGUUGGCUGAGGAAUGGCACUUCCUUCAUGUUAGCUUUUCCCUGCUCUUCACUUUUCUCUUUUGUGACUACCAACAUCACCAAUGGAUCAUUCAGGACAAACAAAGGAAACAUUUCCCUCUUUUGAUGCAAGAUAUAGUGUUAGUAAGAUUUGCUAUCCGCAAAAAAAUGCUUAUUCCAGGCUGGUAAAUCAGCAUCGUAGUGGAAGGUUUAGAGCAUAUCUCAACCAAUUUGCUCAGCAAAUCAAUUGCAUAGACAAAAAUGAUGAAAAUGGAAAUACUCCUGGAACUCAUUUGAAUCCUUCAGAAGUAGAAAUGAUGCAACAAAAAGAUCUUAAUAUUGGACAAUAUCUAAGAGAUAAAGGUACCCAUUCUGUGGACAAUGACAGAACUGCUGUGUUGACAAGCAUGCCUCUUAGUCUUUUGGAAAAAGUUGGGAAUACUGGUGAGUCAGACAUGUUUGACCCUUGGAAGAAGAAACAGGGUUUGACAACCAGGAAGGAAAACAAGCAAAGAGGCAUCAACGUCAACCAGGAUGAAGAUACUGAGUCAGCAAAUGAAGUUAUGUUCAAAGAAACUAGGCCUAAACAAGACCAUUCAAAACCACAUGCAGAUCACCACAAAGAGUUUGUGGGGCUUGAAAAAACUGCAACUGCUGGAGAUAGUGAUCAUUACUCUGAGUCUGUAUUGCCAAGGCAUAAACCAUCUUUUGACAGUUGUAGUCAAGAUAUUGAUCUAGGGAGAAUGGAAAGUCAUGUGCAAAUAAUUAAUGAAAUGGAAAUACAGAACAAUAAGAAAAAGAAAAACAGAAAAAAGAGCAAAGGAAAAAAUGACACAAGCUCGGGUGUAACUCAGUGUUCUGGUGGACUAUAUGCUGGAGACCAAAUUACUGCUCUUCAUGAUUUAGGACCUACUGUGCCAGAGAAAAUCAAUAUCGACCAUUUGCAAAAUGAAGUUGUAGACAGGCGACCUGGUCCAAAAUCUAAGCACAGUCACGAGUCACUCAAAAGCAAUCAACCCAUUGACAGGAGAAAGAAAUCUGAAUCAUUGGAUGGAGCUGAUGAGAUGAAUUUUAAACCUGUGAUCGCUAAUAUGGAAAAUCUAGGUAUACAUUCAACUCCUAAUGAUAAGCGAAAUCGAAGAAGGUCUGGUUGGGGGAAGAAGAAGAUAUUUGAAAACCAUUUAUUAAGCAGUGAUGUUUCAGUUGGCUUAAAGAGAGGAGAACUUAUACAGGGCCCACUGAGAAUAAAUCCGAAAAAUUACCAGGAGGCUUUUGUUCCUUCCCCUGAUGGAAACAGAGAUAUUUUUAUCAAUGGUGUCAUUUCCCGAAAUAGAGCCUUGAAUGGUGACAUAGUGGUGGUAAAACUCCUGCCUAAAGAGAAGUGGAAGAUCAUCAUACCUGAUGGAGAUGGCUCAGAAGCUAAUACAGUUGCUCAAUCUGGUGUACCUGGUGCAGUUGAUAAUGUUGCCUGUGAGGAUCUUCCAGCUCAGGAUAAAGUUAAAAUAAUCGAAACCAGUCCUGAUGUAAUUAUUGAGGAGCAAUAUGAUGACAGCCAAGAUGAAAGCAAAAAUGAAUCGAGUGAUUUGCAGAAAAUUGUAGAUGGUGGAAGUGUGAACAAGACAAAGUUCAGUCCUUCAGAUAAUGCUACUGGAUGUAGUGGAACACAGACGGUUGAUAAGAGUGCUGCCAAGAUGCAAACUUUGAAACACGGAAAACAUUGCAAUCUUGUAAAUGAUUCAAGCAUUCCAGAUAGAUUUCUUCAAAGAACGGGCAAGGUAAUUUAUAUUGUGGAAAAGAAACAUUCCAGAGCUGUGACCGGAUUUAUCAAACCAUUACCUGACAAAAGCAGUGAACUUUACAAGAGAUUCUUCAUGUUUUCACCUGUUGAUCACAGAGUACCUCGAAUCUUGGUUCCUUCAGAAGAAUGCCCAAAGGAUUUUAUGGCUAGGCCUUCAGAUUAUGAAAACGUUCUUUUUAUUUGCCGUAUUGUGGAUUGGAGGGAUGACAGUAGUUUUGCAGAUGGGCAUUUGACCAAAAGUCUUGGACAAGCAGGUGAAAUUGAACCUGAAACUGAGGGCAUCCUUACUGAGUAUGAUGUGGAUUUCUCUGAUUUCCCUGAUGAGGUACUGGACUGUCUACCAAAGUCUCUACCAUGGACUAUCACGAAAGAAGAAUUGCAAAAACGUAAAGAUUUACGGAAAGAGUGCAUAUUCACAAUUGAUCCAGCCACUGCGAGAGAUUUGGAUGAUGCACUGUCUUGUCGCGAACUUCCAGAUGGAAACUUUGAAGUUGGAGUGCAUAUUGCAGAUGUGAGUUACUUUGUUCAUGAAGGGACUGCUCUUGAUACGAUGGCCAGCAAGAGGGCAACCAGCGUCUACUUGGUUCAGAAGGUUAUCCCAAUGCUUCCUAGGCUUCUCUGUGAAGAGCUCUGCAGCUUGAAUCCAAUGCAAGACAAGCUGGCCUUUUCUGUCAUUUGGACAUUGACUCCUCAAGGAAAGAUCCUCAGUCAAUGGUAUGGCCGAACUAUUAUUCGCUCUUGUGUAAAAUUGAGUUAUAAUCAUGCACAAAGUAUAAUUGAGGAUCCAAAAAAGAUAUUCACCCCUGAUGAAUUACCACCUGUUUCACCUGAGCAUUGCAUUGCAGACAUAAAAACUGCUGUGAUAAAUCUUCAUAACAUUGCCAAACACCUCCGUAGACAAAGGUUUGAUGACGGAGCUUUACGAUUGGACCAGUCAAAGGUCGCUUUCACUUUGGAUACAGAGACAGGAAUGCCUCAAGGAUGUUACAUCUAUCAGUAUAAGGACAGCAAUAAACAAGGAUGCCUUGAGGCAUGGUACAUUGGGGAAUCCGAGCAAAGGCUAUGGCAACGGAUGAAUGGGCACCACACAACAAUCAACAGACAGGAGUUCCCUCCCAGUUGGGGGACACUUCUGCAGUACAGGAUAUUCGACCUCGGACCUUUGGAUGACCAUCUUCCAAGGCAGCAGCAAAAAGUGGCCGAACAGAGUCUGAUAGCUAAGUUCUGUACCCAUAGGGAGGGCCUCAACUGGGACCUUGGGUUCAUGUCACAUAACAGGUUGAUUGAAGAGUUCAUGUUACUGGCAAACAUGGCAGUUGCCCACACGAUCUAUGGUAAAUUCCGUGAGCAAGCUUUACUGCGCCGACAUCCACCACCACAAACAAACAUGCUCGAUGACCUCGCUGCAUUCUUUAAGGAGCUGGGACUUAUGGUUGACUUCAGAACUGCAGGCGCAUUACACAAGACCUUAAAUGAAACUGUUGGGAACGACGAGUAUUCUGCUGCCAGAAAAGAAGUACUGACCCAUAUGUGUUCUCGACCAAUGCAGAUGGCACAGUACUUCUGUACUGGAGUCCUUCGUGAUGAAACAUUAUUCCGCCAUUAUGCACUCAAUGUGCCUUUCUACACUCACUUCACUUCCCCCAUUCGCCGUUAUGCUGAUAUUAUUGUGCAUCGACUUCUUGCAGCAUCACUUGGUUCUGGCCAUCAGUUUGGUUUAGAGAAAGGUGACAUUCAGAAACAAGCAGACCAUUGCAAUGCAAAAAAGAGUGCUUCGAAAAAAGUACAAGAGCUUAGCACUGAUAUUUUCUUCUCUGUUUUUGUGAAGGAAUGUGGCCCUCUGGAAUCUGAAGCCAUGGUAAUGGGGGUUUUGGAUCAAUCCUUUGAUGUAUUGGUUCUACGAUAUGGUAUCCAGAAACGAGUCUACUGUAAUGGCCUUCCUCUCCAAGGAUUUACUUUUCACAAAGUAGGAAAGAAGCCUGAACUAAGAUUGAUGUGGGAACCAGAAACAUCGGAGCAGAAGCCAAUUUAUCAGGUAGUAACCAUUUUUGCAUUGGUGGACAUAGUCUUAAAGUCAGACAGCUCAGCCCUGAAGUACAGUGCCAUUCUCAAGAAACCAAGUGGAACUCGUGAAUAGUCUUAUGAACGCUGAAAAAUGCUGCUGAAACCAAAGUUACUGUUAACUGGAAAUUUUUUUUUAAAUACACUAAACAUUGUUUAAAAAUCAGUAACAUUUUAAUGGUAAUUUUAAGUUUUAGCCGCGUAGAGCUAUUGGGGCAAGUUUUAGUUUAUGUGCAAAUGUGUUGUAUGUGGUGGGAAACUUCAAAAAUGCAUUUUGUUGCAUAUGUUUUAACAAUUGUAUUAUUUUCAUAGUGCAUUUUGAUGUUGUUAGAAACUGAGGUUAGAGACAAGCAAUAAUAUUUGAAACCAGAGUGUGGUAAACAUGAAGUGAUAUUUAAAUCAAGUGUUGUAUGAUGUGGAAUAUGUAUCUCGACCAGCACUGUGCACAGAGUAAUAAGAACUAUCUGUUGUAAUGUAUUCUGAAGCAAAUAAUAAAACAAUGCCUCACUCCAAA